AUGGCGCUCUUGGGCCUAUCGCUGGUUUUGGCUUCUGUGGUUUACGCAGCUAUCUGGAGGCCGCCCUUCAUCCAAUCUCUUCUAUCGAUAUGGCGCGGCGACCCUCAGAUCCAACAACCCCCAACGACGCGCCGUCCCUCUCCAGCGGAUAUCAUAGUAGAACAUGAGGAAGAGGAAGAUCAGUCAGCCGCUACGACGACAACUGGUCGUGAUACAUCGUCAACUGCGACGGCCCAAAGACCCGUUGUGGUUGCUGCUGCUGACAGGGCAGCUAUGCCUCCGCCUCCUAAGCUCAUAAUGCAUCAACCGAAGGAAACCGCAAUGAAUUCGCAAGCCGACUCCUCUCCCUCGCCGCAGACGACUCCUAAAGCCACAGCUUCAGUCCAACUCAACAGCGAUAAUAUACCCUCAUUCUCUCUCUCAUCCGACCCUCCUGCUUCCGCAGCUGCCAUCGCCCGCGCCGUUGAAGCCAACACCUCGCCCUCUGCCCUACCUACUUUCUCCGCGCCUUCCCCUCCUCUCGAACCACUUGCUCCAGGAAAAACCUCCAUGGCACCACCCCCUCGUCCCCCAACCCUUAAUAACACCGGACCUUCCCUCCUAGGCGUGCCUCCCCGCGGCCCCAUCCCUAACCGGCACCAAUACGACCGGCAACCCGGAACCUCCACCCUCGCUCCGCCUCCCACGCACUCCUCGAAGCCCGCCAAACCCUCGCGCAAAGUAACCCUCUCCCCAGGCCGCAGUCCGCUAGACUGGGCGCGUUUAUCCGCUAAUCCAUCUGCGGACCUGCGCAACCUCGGCCUCGGGGCGCCGUACCUGCGAGUGCCGCCGAGUCUACUGCGACGACAGACGGGGCGCAAAGGCAAGGACGCGUGGACGGCGCUGGGCGGGCGCGUGUACAAUAUCACGCCGUAUCUACCGUUCCACCCGGGCGGCGAACCGGAGUUAUUACGCGUAGCGGGGCGCGACGGGACGAAGUUGUUCGGGGAGAUACAUCCUUGGGUUAACUACGAGACGAUGCUGUCGAGUUGUCUGAUUGGGCUACUGGUUGAGGAGCAUGAGGCGCAGAGUACAGGGGAGAUGGAAGCUAUGGACUGA